CCCCUCCUCCUCUUUGUGUACCAAACAACCAAAAACCAACAACUCACUUCAGCCAUACAACAGAACAACAAGAACCCCCCUCCCCCCAUCCUCUUCCUCCCCUCUCUUCAUCUCUUAUCUUUCCCCUGUUUUGAGUUGAGCUCUUCUGCAUUUCUUUCUCUCCCUCUCCCAAGAGUCUCUAGGACCUUGAAAUGGCCCUUCAAAUUCAAUCGUAUCCUGUUCUUCCUCUUCUCUUCUCUCUCUUUAGCCUAUGCUUACGAGGAACCUUCGGGGACUACGGGGGCUGGAUAGCAGGUCACGCCACCUUCUACGGUGGUGGUGACGCUUCUGGCACAAUGGGGGGAGCGUGCGGGUACGGUAACUUGUACAGCCAGGGGUAUGGAACUAACACUGCAGCACUAAGCACUGCUCUGUUCAACAAUGGGUUCAGUUGUGGGGCGUGCUAUGAGAUGAGAUGCAACGACGACCCAAAAUGGUGCCUCCCUGGAACCAUAACUGUUACUGCAACAAACUUUUGCCCACCCAACUUUGCUUUGUCUAAUGACAAUGGGGGAUGGUGCAAUCCUCCUCUCCAGCACUUCGACUUGGCGGAGCCUGCUUUCUUGCAAAUUGCACAAUACAGAGCCGGAAUCGUCCCGGUGGCCUUUAGAAGGGUUCCUUGUGUGAAGAAAGGCGGAAUAAGGUUCACCAUCAACGGCCACUCUUACUUCAACUUGGUGUUGAUCACCAACGUCGCAGGUGCAGGGGAUGUACAUUCCGUUUCGAUCAAAGGUUCCAAGACAGGAUGGCAAUCCAUGUCAAGGAACUGGGGCCAAAAUUGGCAGAGUAACUCUUACCUCAAUGGCCAGAGCCUCUCCUUCCAAGUCACCACCAGCGAUGGUAGGACCGUCACUAGCUACAACGUCGCACCCGCUGGCUGGCAGUUCGGACAAACGUUCCAAGGAGGCCAAUUCUAGGCCCUAGCUUGUCUUAUUGCAAACAAGCUAGUGUGGUUUAAAGGAACUCUCUGUGUAUCUAUUCUAUGCUACUUUCUUUCUUCUUUCUUUUUAUUUAGUUGGUAUAUAUAUAUAUAAGAGGCAGGGUAGGUGAGACCGUGAGAGAGAGAGAGAGAGAGAGAGAGAAGCUCUCAGCUCUGCCCUCUUUGGUAGAUGCGGCCAUCUGAUGCUGAGGUUGCUGAUUAGCACCCGCUAGGCUUGGCCUUCUAUUCUAUAUAUAUUACAUAUUAUGAGAGAAAUUGUUGUGAGAGAUGGUAGUUAGUUCCACUUGAUUGAAAAUCAGGUGUGGAUGCUGAAAAUAAAAUAAUGUACUUUAUUCGGCCGGUUGUAUGUUGCGGCAUGUUUGCCAUGCCCACUUCCUUUUGACGGUAUAUUAUAUAUAAAAACUCUUGACUUGAUUAAAUGA